AGACCCGCUAGGCAGGAGGAGGGGGUCACUAAAAGCACUAUAUUGCAGUCACUGCAAAAUCAAGAGUUAAAUGCUUAGACCCGCGCCCGCCCGCGCGUGAGAGACGGAAGAAGAACUUUCUUGAUUUGCAUAGUAUCUGCCCCGGGGCCGCGCUGCGAGGCUGAGGUUCGGUCCCAGCCGGGGUGAAGCGCGCAGUGCCGUCCUGAUUGAGGUCAGACACAGCACCUACUAAUCUGAGGACCGGCGGCUUACAACUUUGCCGAGCAGGACACUGGAAUGAAACAGAACAGAGAUCAAAAGGGUCUCAUUUCCCAGAGGAACAGUUCAUUUCGACAGCCAGGGAGAGAGCCUGGAUGCUCAAGUUGGGGAAUGGCAGUCAAUGUGUAUUCUACCUCGAUAACCCAAGAGACUAUGAGCAGACAUGACAUCAUUGCAUGGGUUAAUGACAUAGUAUCUUUAAACUACACAAAAGUGGAGCAGCUUUGUUCAGGGGCGGCCUAUUGCCAGUUCAUGGACAUGCUCUUUCCAGGCUGCAUUAGUUUGAAGAAAGUAAAAUUUCAAGCAAAGUUGGAGCAUGAGUAUAUCCACAAUUUUAAACUUCUGCAAGCAUCAUUUAAGCGAAUGAACGUUGAUAAGGUAAUUCCGGUGGAGAAGCUAGUGAAAGGACGUUUCCAAGACAACCUGGAUUUUAUUCAGUGGUUUAAGAAAUUCUAUGAUGCUAACUAUGAUGGGAAGGAGUAUGAUCCCGUAGAGGCACGACAAGGGCAAGAUGCAAUUCCUCCCCCAGACCCUGGUGAACAGAUCUUCAACCUGCCGAAAAAGUCUCACCAUGCAAACUCCCCCACAGCAGGCGCGGCUAAAUCAAGUCCAGCAUCUAAACCAGGAUCCACACCUUCUCGUCCCUCCUCAGCCAAAAGGGCUUCAUCCAGCAGCUCAGCAUCCAAGUCUGAUAAAGAUUUAGAAACACAGGUCAUACAGCUUAAUGAACAGGUACAUUCAUUAAAACUUGCCCUUGAAGGUGUGGAAAAGGAAAGGGAUUUCUACUUUGGGAAGUUGAGAGAGAUUGAGCUACUCUGCCAAGAACACGGGCAGGAAAACGAUGACCUCGUGCAACGAGUAAUGGAAGUGCUCUAUGCUUCAGAAGAACAUAAAGAAAGAGAAGACUGCAGUGUGCCUGGACGCUGUGCUGGGUGCUUUCCAUACGCGGCGUGCGCGCGCGACUCUGCUGAAGAGGCUCGGGAGCAGCUAGCCUGCUCUGCUUUCUGCUUCCCCCGCUAAGGUUCAAGGAAUCGUCCUAGAUAUCGUAAAGCCUUCAAGCGUUUGCCUUUCUCCCUGCGGAUAACGAGUCCUGUUUCUCUGGCAGCCUCCCAGAAGCCCAGCCGGGUUCCAGCACUGGGGGAGUGAGCCUUGCUAAAGCGUCCACCCUUGCCCGCCUUCCCCUCGUGUCUGUGGUCUGGAAAGGCAUCACUUCUCUAAAAGCCGUGCUCAGUGCUUACGAGCACCCCGCUGCCAGCUCUGGGAAUCCUCCAUUUGCCCCCACCGUGCUUGACCCUGACGCUGUGUCCUGUUUUCAGGCCGUUCCCACAUUCGGGUGUCUGGUAGAGUUGCGGCCACGUGCAGGGGUGAUACACAUGGCGAAUGGGAAGAAAUGUCAGCACGUUGUUCAUGAUGCUGUUGGUCAGCUGUGCGCACAGAUCUGAGGUGGCAGAGAUGUCUGGUUGCCUUUCGCAGACUCCUUGAGGUGGUAGGAGGCCGGGUUUGUAGCCCACGCUCUGCAGGUAAACGCAGGUGGGCACGCGUUGACGUUUCAGGCAGGGGUAUUUGCCGGAGGGGAUCUCUCCCCUGAGUGACAACUUACCACUUUUAUUUAGUGAUGCUUGGUCUCUGAUUCCUAUAGUCAAGCCACCCUAGAAUAUGAUGUUUGGAAGAUGUGAAAAUCCAGAUGGGAGUUUUGAGUAGGGACGUCCACAGAGGUUAUUCAGUUCCUAGUUAUAGAAACAUGAUGGAAGUUUCCAGAGCAGAUCUUUAUCUUUUUCAUUUUAUUUUCCCUAGUACUUAACUUAUGGCCACAGGUGUCUAGCUUAGUCAUUGGCUACCUGCUCCCUCAUGGAUUCUGUCAGCUGAGGUGCACCAGCUUUAUAAACAGUUGUUUCCUCAGGUACUGGCUGCCAUGGGAGCCACUGUUAAACCAACCUAAUGACUGUUUCUCCUUCAACCAACACUGUUUGGAUGUGGGCUGUGUUUCUGUCACUGGAAUAUUUCUGUGCCUGGACUAAGCCCUGGGUACAUAGAAAAAGACACAACCUCUCUCCCCCACCAUCCCCUGAGGCGCUCACAGUCCCAGCGAGGGAGACAGACAGGGACGUGACUAACCGGGAUAUGUGUCAGAUUAUGAUACAUGUGAUAAUGGAGACAUAAAUAAACUCGUGCGGGGAGCAGAUAAAAACAGCCUGGAGGACCAAGCAGAGACUUCACAGUGAGGAUGGCAUUUGUGUUGCAUGCUGAAGGCCGCUGGGAAUCACAGCAGUUACAGAACUAAGCUAGAGUAUUUUGCAGGCAGAGGAAAGAGCAUGAACAGAGCAGAGAGGGAAGAACAGCCACUACAGCUGGCGAGAGUAGCGGGAGAUGACGCUGUGGAGCGCUGCCGCCCACAGCGGUGGGAGCAGGGUGUCAUGGGGGCUUCCCGAGGGCCCCUCCUCCCUUCUUUGUUCCCAUUUCCUCCCACAGUGGCCAACAGCCUUCUUCAAGACUGUCCUCCAACUUGCUUCUCUUUCUAAUGAUUAUAAGAAGAAUAAAGAGUUAUAACACACAGCUAAACAUUUAGAAAGAUGUGAUGGAUUGAUACGCACAUAUUAAAACUAAUGGACACUCUACUACAUUAGUCCCAUAUUUGGCAUAGGUUUUGCCUGACCUCCUACUCAUAUGUGGGAUUAAGUUCUUCAUUCUCAUAUAGGGCAUAAGAAAAAGAUUUUUUUUUUUUUUUGAGCCUACAAUAGCAUUGUGUGGGCUGGGAGCUCUCAGCUGUGAUGUGUAAUACCUCAGAAUGACAGGCGUGUUCUGCCAGACUUCCAGACUGCCUUAAUUUGCACCCCAAGCACUAGCAAUGUAUUGUUAAUCUGGGAGGUUUGCCCUUUAGGCUAGCAGUGCCCAGAAAGAGGGGUCUGGGGUCCACAGUUCCUGCAGGUGUACGACAUCACCGGUGGCAGUAUCCUGUGACUGGGACAUCAGCCCAGUGUGCGCUGGCGGCUGCCCUUGGCCAGCUGGAGACCUCAGAGCCAUAGACAAGGGCACCGAACCCACCCGCUUGCUGGACAUGUUCGGAAAGGAAGCCCAGCCUAGUAGUUUCCUGGUCCUAUAGCUUUUUACAGGCUCAACAGUUACUUGAAUCCAGAUCUUUCAACUUCAGCUAACUCCAUUAUCCCACAGUUAACUCCCAGUUGUGAUGUGAGCAAACUAGAUUUUCUGUAAAAUGUAAAACAGACUCUCAUUUCUGAGAUCCUUUCGGCAGUCUAACAUGCACAAAGACAAUUAAGUACUAAAAGCGUACUUCAGGCCAGCUGAAGUUUGAGCGGUACAAUAUGGAAGACACCACACUAGCACUCAGGAGUUCAGACGAUGAAUAAAACAACAUAACUCACCCGUGCGGGGCUCGGAGCCCAGCUGGAGAGACAGCUGUGUAGCCACCCCGCAGGAACACACGCAGGGCUGUAGCGCCCUCUGACAGAAGCAAGAACCGAGGAUGCAGAGCUUGGAGAGAGGAGCCAUCAAUCCAGGGAGGAGGCAGUGGGAGAGACUCCAGGGAGGAGCAGUGUUUCAUAAUUCAGAGGAGCAUGUGGCAGAACAGACAGGCGGGAGUGCCCUGUCCAGCGUUGCUGUUAAAGUCCCACGAGCAUUGGUUUCAUUCUUCUUCCCCAGAUGAGAGCAUGGACUGAGGGAGGCCGUUGAACUGUCUCCUGUCUGGCCCUGGCCCAGCAAGAAAUAUUCCGCUCCCAUGAGAGUGUGUGGCCUUCCUGCCAGUUGAGGCCCUAACUCUUUUGAGCUGAGAGGACCACCCUCAUGUGUGCCAGGCAGAGGGCAAAGCUGCUGGCAGAGGACGCUGCCAAGACUGCAGUUGCAGCGAUGCCUGGGGGCCCGGGGCUACCUGGAAGAAUGAGACUAAAGGGGAACUCAGGGCUCUGAGGUCCCCCUGAGAUCAAAGAGCAUCUGCAAUUAAGGAAUCCGGGAGUACAGAGGUCAGAAGGACUCACGAUGUGGUCAGAGUAGAGGCUGGUCCUUCAUAUUCCAGAGGCGGAGCAGUUCCAGGUGGUGACAACAGAGGGUGGUCACAGGCAUGGGAAAGCUCACAUUUACUAGACAAUGUGCCUCUUGGCACGGAGCCAGCAAGGGACAGUGCCAGAUUCGAUUCCAGUCUUCAAGAUGAUGUCAGUUUCUACUGUUGGUUGUCGCAGAAAAGGUUACUUUUCUUAAAAUUAUUUGUGCUUCUACAAUAUAUUUCAAAGAGUUCUCCCACUAAGAAAUAAUGAUCACAGCCCACAUUUAUAUUUACUAUGCGCCACACAUUCUUCUAGGCACUUACUUUAAAUUACUAGCUCCUCUGUUGGAGUCAAUGAGUGCAUUGAUUCAUGGAUCAAUGAACUGGAAAUUGUUCAUGGGUGCUCUUAUCCCUGAUUUUACAGGUGAGAAAACUGAGCCCCAGCAGUUAACUGAGCAGUUAAGUCACAUGCCCAAACUCACACCGCUGUAAAUAGCGGGACCAGGAUGUGAAGAGUCCAUGCUUAUAACCUUGACCUUACACUUACUGCCUCUCAGGAAGUAAGCAGCGAGUGGCCUUGGCUGGUAGUCUGAUUGUCUUGGUCAUCCACUUGAACCCACUGUGAUUCCUCCUCUCAACACAACACAGGCCUAGUCCUGCAGUAAGUGAGGUGUGGCCCGGAGGGCACCAGGGCCCUGUUCCUGCCUCCAGUAACCUAGGGAUCCUGUGGGGGAGGCCAGCAGAUUCAAGACUAACAAGCUUUCAAAUCAGUUUCCUAGCCCUAGAGGAAGAAGACAAGUGUGGCAGACUGGAGAGAAGUAAUUCUGGCUCGGGGAUGUGGGGAGAUGAUCGUUCCUCGUGCGAAUUGGCUACCAGCGGGUGCGUGCUGGGCUUCAGGAAGUGGGGGCAGAAGCCCUGCGCCCUGACGGAGGGAGCAUUGAGCUCCUCUUGAUUAGCUGUGCCCCCUCUGCUUGGGUAAGAAGAGCAAAUUAUUCUUUGUGAGGCCAGAACGUGAAAGAUUUGCAGAUGUGGCUAAGGGUGAUGCCCUCUGGAGUCGGUGUCUGUGUGCUUCACUGGGUUAGGCGCAGGAGCAAAUAGGUCACGUGGUGCCAAGGAGAGGAAUGCCUCACCUAUCUGGUUCCCAGUCAAUAAGCAGAAAGUAAGCCAGAAAGCCUCAGGCACCCUAAAUAGAUGUGCCAAAGCCCUUGAGCUAAAGAUCCUGAGCUUCCUUGUUGGGAGGGGCCUCCUUGCCCAGGGCGGUCCCUGAACCGUGGCUGAAGUACUUUCCUCACCCUCAGAAAUGCUAACAAGUUGCUUCUCUGGUGUCCAAGGCUACAUCAGAUUCGUAACAGAUUAUAACAGAGGGUCUCCUUCAGGCAGACACUACCAGGGUGACCACCCAAUGCCCCACAGGGGCCAGGGAUGCCAUUUAUGUCACAGCAGCUUCAUCUGUGGUUGUCAUGACACUCUUGGGUCAUUGUGUUGAGUUUACUUUUUCAUGGAGGGUAGAAAAGUAUGUAAUGUGCUCUAGGAAGGUUUCCUUCCAAAGGAAAAUAGUUUGGCCCUUAAAGCCUGAGGACUGUGCUUUGGAGAAUGAUUUGUUCUUUGGUGGCUCAGGGAAGCUAAGGUGUCCCCGUGUGUGUCAGCCCCUAGGAGCUGGGGGACAUUUGCAUGGCAAGUUGUGCCUAAGCCUGGUGCUCUCCAUAGUCCCACAUAGGCCGUUACCAUGGGCUGGGAUGUCACAGGGCCUCAGGCGCAGUGAGUUAUUUCAGCUGAACCUUCUCCCCUGCC